UUAUGUCAGCCAUAACCGUCUCAACCUGUUGUUCGUUAGCGUUGUGUCUCGUGUUUUAAGUUUUCUUGGAAAUUGUGCCCCCGCAUUUAAAAAGUGAACGAGUUAAUCAAAUAAAAUGGAUUCCGAAUUCGACGAGACAUCAUUAUCGACGAACAGUUGCGACGAAUCCGGCGAUAAUCUGCCAGAAAUCAUGGUUACGAGCCCCGUUUCGAGUCAUAACAGCAGCGGCGUCACCAAAAAGUGCCGAUUUAGCCCGCCGUGCAAACGAAUCACCGCUUUAAGAUUGUUUAGUAGUACCCCGAAAUCGCCAAACACGAUAAUUCGGAACUUUACGAGAGUUAAUUUGUUUGGGAGGACCAAAAAUGAGUGCGAAGCGAAAAGUGACGACGAAAACAAAACGAUCCCAAUUCCUACGGCGUACGAUCGAGAUGACAAACCAAGUGCUAAUGUUAAUCCGUUUACACCUAAUAUUUUAUUGAAGAAAAAGCGGAGACGAACCCCUUGGUCAACAACAUUAAAUUCAUCUAACUCAUCAUCAAUAACCAUGGAUGACGAAUCAACGGAAGAAGAAAUCGAACAACCAACAAAAAAAUUAGCACUACAAGAAACAAACAUCUCCCGUUAUCAUUUAGAAUUCAUCGAAGUCGAUUUAAUAGGAGAAGGCGAAUUCGGCUCAGUUUAUAAAUGUAUAAAUCGCAUGGACGGAUGCGAAUAUGCCAUUAAAAAAUCAUCGAAACCUGUAGCCGGGAGUUUUUUAGAAAAAAUGGCCCUAAACGAAGUUUACGCCCACGCCGUACUCGGAAAGCACCAAAAUGUGGUUCGUUAUUUCUCAGCGUGGUCUGAGGAUAACCACAUGAUCAUCCAAAACGAAUUUUGUAACACGGGAUCGCUGGCCGAGAUGAUCGCACAAGGACCGCUUUCACAGCAAGAAUUACGACGCCUUUUAAUGCAAUUAGCAGAAGGAUUAAGGUACAUUCAUCUACAAGGAUUAGUUCAUAUGGAUAUAAAGCCGGCGAAUAUUUUUAUUAAUCGCGAAAUUCGAAUUCAAUGUACGAACUGUGAGAACCCCGAUGAUAGUUUCGAAGACGAUGAUAAAGACGAAGGUGAUUUAAUUUAUAAAAUAGGUGAUUUAGGACAUGUUACAAGCAUCGAUAGCCCCCACGUCGAAGAAGGCGACUGUAGAUACCUACCCAACGAGAUACUUCAAGAAGAUUAUAACCACUUAACGAAAGCUGAUAUUUUUUCGUUUGGUUUAACGGUUAUUGAAGCAGCUGGAAGUGGGCCUUUACCCAAAAAUGGACACGAGUGGCACAAAAUCCGUUCGGGGGAACUUCCCGAAAUGAAACAAACGUUAUCGAGGGAAUUUGCCGGCUUAUUAAAAUCAAUGAUCCAUCCCGAUCCGAAUUUAAGGCCAUCGGCGGUUCAAGUUUUGCAACACCGAGUGUUAUCGCCGGCGCCGAACAAAUCAAAAUUGCAAUUGUAUAAGGAGUUAAACGCUGAAAAAUUGAAAUACGAAAUUUUAUCGAAAAAAUUGGUUGAAGCCGCUAAAUGUAUUAAAUCGUUAGCCCCCGAAGCUGCUCGUUUAGCCGGGAAAAAAUUUAAUCGGAGUGCGAGUACAACUAAUUUUUAAAUGUGAUUUAUAAUUUUAAUAAUUUUUUAAUUU